CUGAAGUUUCUGGAGUUUGUGAAGUACAAUAAUGGCCACUAAUAUCUAUGUGCAGGAUGAGCUGGAAACUCAAGAAUCUUCAAGAAUAAAGAUAAAGAAGACAUUUAUUAUGGAGUGGGAGAAUCAGACAUUCAACCCUGACUUCAUCUUGAUGGGAAUUUUUAGUUACACGCCCACUCACAUCUUUCUCUUCUCUCUGGUCCUGGGCAUCUUCACAAUGGCGCUCUUGGCAAACACUCUCAUGGUUCUCCUCAUCUACCUGGACACGCGGCUCCACACCCCCAUGUACUUCCUCCUCAGCCAGCUCUCCCUCAUGGACCUCAUGCUCAUCUGCACCACUGUACCCAAGAUGGCCCACAGCUACCUGUCUGGCAGGAAGUCCAUUUCUCUAGCAGGAUGUGAAGCCCAAAUAUUCCUCUAUGUGUCUCUCCUUGGUGCAGAGUGCUUCUUGUUGGCUGUCAUGGCCUAUGACCGCUAUGUUGCCAUUUGCUACCCUCUUCAGUAUUUCAGUCUCAUGAACUGGAAACUUUGUGGACUCAUGGCUGCCUCUUCAUGGAUCCUUGGUGCCUUUGAUGGGAUUGUUGAGUUAGCUGCUACUUUGUCUUUCUCCUAUUGUGGAUCCCGAGAAAUAGCUCAGUUCUUCUGUGAUGUCCCAGCACUCCUACAUCUCUCAUGCACGGAUACUUCCACAUUCGAAACACUUAUUUUCAUCUGUUGUGUAGUAAUGCUCCUCCUCCCUUUGUCACUCAUCAUCAUCUCCUACACACGUGUAAUUAUAACUGUCAUUCGCAUGAGUUCUGGGGAGGGUCAGCACAAGGCUUUCACCACCUGUACUUCACAUCUUAUUGUUGUGGGGAUGUAUUAUGGAGCAGCUAUGUUCAUAUAUAUGAGACCCAAUUCUAAUCGUUCCCCAACCCAGGAUAAAAUGGUAUCGACCUUCUACACUAUUUUCACUCCCAUGCUGAAUCCCCUUAUAUACAGCCUUCGGAACAAAGAUGUGGCCAAAGCAUUCAGUAAGGUACUAGGGAAGAGGAAAUCUAGAGAAUAA